GUUGUUAAUGUGGGGGAAACAGCGCCCCCUUUACUCGACUUGUGGCCGGAGGCGGGACUACAGGCGGAAGUGCUGCACCUGUUGAAGCGUCAACUCCUCUUCGGUGUAGCUUCACCGCGCAGCGACCUGUUGCACCUGAAACUAGAAACAUCUGGGAAGCUUCUGGAAAAUCAGCGAUUGUUUUAUCCACAGUCAGACAGAAAAAGGGACUUUAUGGAUAAAUUAAAGAAGGUGCUGAGCGGCGAAGAUGAGGGAAACCCGGACGGACCCGGUAUACUGGAGGUGAAUGUGUCUCACCUGUCCUGUCCAGUGUUGUAGUGUUACACACACUCUCCAUGUGUGCAUCCUGGUAUCAUCCUGGUGUGUUUUUCAUUGAUGAGAGCCAAUCAGGCGUCGACGCUGGCCUGGGGGACGAGGAUGAAGGGCUUCGUGAUCUGCUUCUUUUUGGGUGUUUUCUGCUCCAUCCUGGGUACCUGUAUGCUGUGGCUCCCAGGUUUUGGGCUUGCUGUGUUCGCUGUCCUCUACAGUGCAGGAAAUCUCUGCGCCCUGGCCAGCACCAUGUUCCUGAUUGGUCCGUGUAGGCAGCUUAAGACCAUGUGUGCUAAAGAGAGAGCGUUGGCUACUGUCAUCAUGCUGGUCUGUCUGGCGUUGACGCUGUGUUCUGCUUUCUGGUGGAAGAACAACGGCCUCGCUCUGCUGUUCUGUGUCCUUCAGUUUCUGGCAUUCACCUGGUACGGCCUUUCAUACAUCCCCUUUGCCAGGGACGCCAUCAUCAAAUUAUGUUCAAUCUGUGUGUAGACGUCUCGUUGCUCUGAGCGACCGCCUGUCUGACCAAUCAGGACGCACUGUGUGAGGUGUGUAUGCACUCAGCAGCGAGCAGCCACUCUCUGGGAACCUCUUGAACCGAUCCAGGCCUUAAACAUUUCAACCUCCGAACCUGUGAAAGUUUAAACCGGGUGUCUUUAAACCCACGUCAGAACUGGUGUCCAUGGAGACCAGUUCACUCUACAUGUAAAUUUGUUGUUAUUGUCGCUGUAGCCACUUUUAGCUGUUAGCAUGAUAUUCCCUGUCUGUCCCAUCUGGAAUGUCACCUGUCCCACCUGCCAACACUGAUUCCUAAUCAAACAUUUCUACUUUUUAAAUUGUGACAUGUACACUUCAUGUCCACUGUUUUCAACCAAAAUACUGACUUUUAACCUCAGCUGCACUACCGCCACCUGCAGGUGGAAGCAGGAAUAACAGCAUCAGUGGAGGUCCUAUAUUUCUUCAUAUUUAUUUAAAAAAAAAAUGAAUGAGUGGGAAAACACUAAAUAGCUUCUCUUCAUAAUCCAAAAGGCUUUUUCUUCCUCAAAGUGCAUCAUUCAGGAGAUUCACUGAAUAUUCAGCUGGCAGUCCUGGAACAUCAGCCUGAGAGCGAAGAGGACGUCUCACUUACUGUAACUCAACUAAUGAGGCUGCAGAUUUUACUUUGAGGAAAUACUGACGUUGAGUUGAGAUUUUCAGCUCCAUCAUGAGUGUUGGAGCAGCAGCUAUCAGGCAGCAGGUGUUUUUCUCUUGAACUGUUACUGAAUACAAGAUGAUCCUGUUUUUAAGCAGAGCAGAUCUGUUCUCUGCCUCCAGCUCAGCUCGUUGUGAAACGGAUCAUUUCAGCUGAAACUCUGAAGCAGACUGUCAGGAAACAUUUCACGUGUGUCCGGCUGUAAAACCGACUGUUGGAACUGUUUUAAUAAAUGUGUUUGUCUGUGUGG